UGGGGAAACCCGCUGAUGACAGCUUGCGCCUAAAUCCAACAUGGCGGACGGAACAGCUGAAGAAGAUUCAGGGGAACUUCCAGCGUCCAAGCUCGGAACAAAGGAGUACUGGGAUGAUGCAUACUCACAAGAACUGGUUAACUUCAAUGACACUGGUGAUGUUGGAGAAGUCUGGUUUGGAGAAAGUAGCCUUUACCGAAUAGUUAAAUGGAUAAAAAGUUGUGAAAAGAUAACAAAAUCAUCAUCAUUCUUAGAUGUAGGAUGUGGAAAUGGCAUACUUCUUGUGAACCUGGCAGAACAUGGUUACACAAACCUUGUUGGAGUGGANACACCCAAGCUGUAA